UCCUGCGGUAGGGCUGGGACAAGUCGAUGGAGGGGCGAGGAAAACCUCAAGGCAAAACGAUGAAGAUAUCCUAAGGGGUUACAGCGUCUGUCCUUAGUGGGUCUUGAACGGAGUCAUCUGCAUGACCAGAGACACCACACCAGCAUCAAAAGACGCAAACGCAGCAACCAUGCAAUUCAAAUACAGACGAAUUUGAGCAACCAAUCGUUCUUCAAGGUUACAUCGCCUGAACGCGCACCGCUUCCUUCUUGUCUGAGACUAGCCGGCUGACCCGUUGUCAUCCAUCACGACAAUGUCCGUGGAAGAUCAGGGCUACCCCGACCCUUUGCUGUUGCUCCAGGCCGGUCCGGAAUGGAUGCGGGCCGAGAUCCAGCGCCUGUCCCGGGAAUUGGGCGAAACCACCAACGAGAAGAUCCAGGCGGCUGAGUACGGGCUGGUGGUACUGGAGGAGAAACAGCAGCUCAAACAGCAGUACGACGAGCUAGAGAUUGAGUAUGAGGGUGUAAGGCAGGAGCUCGACUUGCUGAAAGAGGCAUUUGGACAAGCCUACUCCAACCACCGGAAAGUGGCAGCGGAUGGCGAGAGCCGGGAAGAGUCUCUCAUCCAGGAGUCGGCCUGUAAGGAGGCCUACUACGAGCAGAGGGUCCUUGAACUGCAGAAUGAGCUCCGGCAAACUCGCAACAUGCUUACCAAUACGCAGUCUGAGAAUGAACGCCUGAGCACAAUCACCCAGGAGAUAAGAGAGAACAGCCUGAUGUUGGAGCUCCAGAGGAAUCAAUUGCGUGAUGACGUCAAGGAGUACAAGUUCCGGGAAGCUCGUCUGCUGCAGGACUACACCGAGCUGGAGGAGGAAAACAUCUCGCUGCAGAAGCAGGUCUCGGGGCUCAAGCAGAGCCAGGUUGAGUUUGAAGGUUUGAAGCAUGAAAUCCGUCGUCUGGAGGAGGAUAUGCAGUUUCUGAACAGCCAGUUGGAGGAUGCCAUCCGCCUAAAAGAGAUCGCUGAGCGUCAGCUGGGUGAAGCCCUCGAGACCAUCAAGACUGAGCGUGAGCUGAAAACCUCUCUGAGGAAGGAGCUGUCCCACUACAUGAACAUUGGAGACACACUUUACAACAGCAUCUCUCUGGAUGGCCUCAAGUUCUCCGACGAUGCCACCACUGAACCCAACAACGACGAUGCUCUUCACGGUUACGAGAAUGGCUUCGGCAAGCUGCUCGCCGACGACAACCGCAUGCCAAAGAAGGACGAGUUGUUCAACCCAGCACCCAGUCUUGUGGAUGACCUACUGAGCGAGUUGAACAUUUCUGAGAUCCAGAAGCUAAAGCAGCAACUGAUUCAGAUGGAGCGUGAGAAAGUCAACCUGCUGUCCACUCUGCAGGACUCCCAGAAACAACUUGAGCAGGCCAAUGGCGCUCUCUCAGAGCACCAGGAGAAGGUGAACCGUCUGACAGAGAACCUUAAUGCCAUCCGCAAGCUUCAGGCCAGUAAGGAGCGCCAGUCUGCCCUGGACAAUGAGAAAGAACGCGACAGCAAUGAAGAUGGAGACUACUACGAGGUGGACAUCAAUGGCCCAGAAAUCCUGGAGUGCAAGUACAAGGUUGCCGUUUCAGAGGCUGGGGAGCUGAAGGAGGAGCUGAAGACCCUAAAGGCGGAAUACCAGGCCCGUCAGUCCCGUUAUGAUGAGGAGCGAACCCGUCUGGAGAACGAUGUCACUACACUCGGGGAGAAGCUAUCCACUCUGGAGAAGACAAGGGGUUUUGAGAAGGACGAGAAGACCAAGCUGGAGAAAGAGUUGCGCAAGGUGAGUGACAUGGCAGGCGAAUCUCAGGGGAGCCUGAGUGUGGCUCAGGACGAGCUGGUCACGUUCAGCGAAGAACUGGCGACCCUCUACAACCACGUGUGCAUGUGCAACAAUGAGACCCCCAACCGUGUGAUGCUCGACUUCUACAAGGAGGGCAAGGCAGGUCGUAGCAGCCCCGAAGGCCGCGGCCGGCGCUCUCCCAUCCUGCUCACCAAGGGCCUCUUCCCGGAGCCUGUUAAGAUGGAGCUCAAUGAUGCCGCUCCAUCCGCGGGCCUGCCUUCUCCUGUGUCCGACCACCGCCGUGAGCCCAUGAACAUCUACAAUCUGGUGGCCAUCAUAAGGGACCAGAUCAAGCACCUGCAGCUGGCCGUAGACCGCACCACAGAGCUGUCGCGCCAGAGGGUGGCCUCCCUGGAGCUCGGCGCCGUGGCCGACAAGGACAAAGAGGCCUGCAUGGAGGAGAUCCUCAAGCUGAAAUCCCUCCUCAGCACAAAGAGGGAACAGAUUGCUACUCUGAGGACUGUUCUGAAGGCUAACAAGCAGACUGCUGAAGUCGCUCUGGCCAACCUGAAGAGCAAGUAUGAAAACGAGAAGGCGAUGGUGACUGAGACCAUGAUGAAAUUGAGGAAUGAGCUCAAAACCCUGAAGGAGGACGCGGCCACCUUUUCCUCCCUCCGAGCGAUGUUUGCCACACGUUGUGACGAAUAUGUCACUCAGUUGGAAGCCAUGCAGAGACAGCUGGCUGCAGCAGAGGAUGAAAAGAAGACCCUCAACUCCCUGCUGAGGAUGGCCAUCCAGCAGAAGUUGGCCUUGACGCAGCGCCUGGAAGACCUGGAGUUUGACCACGAGCAGACACGGCGCACGGGCACCGGCCUGCGGUCAAAAACACGCAUAAAGGUCUCGCAAGGCGCUGUCAGCAACCCCAACGUAAGCCAGGGCCUCACCUGCGCCGGCUCCGGACAACCCGAGUACGGCAACGCCAUGCCCAGCGGCCUCCUGGGAGGCCCCGCCGUCUUCUGCAGCGAGAAGUACAAGAUCUACUGCGACUGAAGCGGUUGCCGAGUCAGCAAGAAACCGCUUUGUACAGACGGGAGGACCUUCCCUGCCGUAGUGUUAAAGAGCCCCACUCGCUCGCUUUGCUCCCCGGUUGGCCCGUGCUCCUCUUGGGACUACCGUGUGACUAACCAUCUGCUUGUGUGUGCUAAUGUCAAGGCUUGCCGAUGCACAGGUGUGUGUAUAGUGUGCACUAGACAAUUGGACCGUAGUAGACAAAACAAGGCAUUGUAAGAUACCUGAUUAAGGUCAGGUGAUGUUGUGGAUAUACGGGAGUGUCUAUUCUUUCCAUAGUCUCGGUGCCGUGCAGAAGAAGCACAAGGUGGCGUUUGUGCUUUGUGCUUCAGUCUUCUGCCUCCUGAUUGUGUUUGUUGCCCGGCAACAGUAAACACAUCACGGAGAUGCGUUGAGCUGGAGGAUGUCCAAAGAUGGCAUCUGGCGGCACGGGUGCUCCUCGCAACGACAGAAGCUCAGCUGAGCACCAUUACGGUAAAUGUUUACAAGAUGAUUGAACACAAAAUAUGCAAUCUCACCCUGCGGUCUGACCGGGGGGCAAGGGUGCUGUUUGAAUCGAUAUAUGAAAAUCAUCAAUUUCUCACAAUGAGAACUAAAAGGAGCACCUGUGACCGCCGCCCUUUAUUAUUUUAGGAUUGCUUUCAAGUUCAAGCUGUGGUGCUAGUGCAGCAAUAUGGCUCACGCACAAUAGAAAUGCAUGGCUUUGCAGCCGUAUGAGCUUUUUAAGUGCUUUUUUUCUCUUGUCGAGGUACAUGAUCAACUCUUGUACUCCAUUGUCAGUGAGGAGUUAUCUGUACGCUGAAAAGUAGAGGGGUCUCCUCACUCUGACCUAUUCAUGUUGCAAAGGAUUUGCAAGAGCCAUGCGAGGAGGGAGACUGGAUAUUUGACAAAUCGAUCUCCAAACCUAAAACAAGUGCGCUUCAACAUAGGUGCCUCAGGUUCAACCUACUGGCAAAAAAAAAAGAUAUUCAUUAAUGACUGAACAGAGCCACGAUAAAGGUUGGAACAAAAUGAUUCUUUUCAAUCCCAAAAGAGCACAAAUUGACAAACAGACAAACCAUUCGUCAGAAGUGCCUGACAAAGUAAACACUUGAUAUAUUUAUCUGGUGACAUCAAAACCUGACCUUGUGUCCCACUCUCCCUUCCUCCGUUGUCUAUGUGCUUCUGUCACCAAUUGGACUUGAGGAGCAUUUUAGAUUGCCAGCAUCCCUCCCAAGAUCAACCUUGAAGUACAAUUUAGGAUUUGUGUCGGUUCAGGUCACGUCCACGCUCUUGCGUUUAACCCUUUGGAACUCAUGCGUGUGGGUGUGUGUGUGUGAGUGUGCGUGUGGGUGUGUGUGUUCAGGUGGACCCUCAUCCUCCUUUUUUUACUGUUUGGUGUGCGAGGACGAAGCAAAGUACUGUCUUAGUAGCCGCAAUAGCUUUAACCCCUCGCUGAACGUAUGUUACGCAAUUAGCAAAAAAAUAUCUAUAUAUAAGUGGGGCUUGUGUUUAAUACUCAAUGUACUGCUUGUGGAUCAUAGAAACGUUAGCUUUAUGAUUCUCAAAGCAGGGUUGAUGCGAGGGAUUCCUGCAAGAUUGAGCAAAAAAAAAAAUUUCUACCGAUACAAAUGAAACUCUAUAUUCUUAACGCGAUCUCGUUCAGGUGAGCGAUCUUGCAGGAUCCUGCUGCAGUAUUUAUGCCUCUCACAAUGUCAGUGUCGCGUCAACCCUGCUCGAGUGAGCACCAGUAUCACAACCGCUCACAGCAUGGAGACGGAUGUGGCGGUGGGCUGUAAGUUAAGAAACCUCCUUGGAGGUCCGUCACUCUUCUGUUGACUGUUUACGCAUCUCACAUAUAUGACAGUGAUGGAGAGAAGUAAAGGACGGCGGGCUAGUUGUUGACUAGACCGUGAGGGAGAAGCCCAUUUCGACUCGAAUUAGCUGAGCCAACCGUUCUUAAUGUAAAAAAAAAGCUCAGUCAAAGCUGACGAGGAUCCGUACCUGCCUAAAUCUGCGUCCAUUUUAUGCGGUGUCAUCAAUGCAUGUCACCCGAUUGGCUCCUCCUACCGCUCCAUCUUUCCGUCGCUAUCAUAUAAAACGUCCUGCAUGUCAAAUACAUUACUCGUGAAUUUGUUUACAAGAAAGCAUCUUCUCCUCUGUAAGUGCAACUGUUAAGAAAAAAAGUUGGGUGAACUUAAAAUUUAAAGGCAACAAACUUUGAUGGGAAAUUCAACAAAAUAUUUGAAGUUUGGCAAAUGUGGAAAUUGGCUUUCCUGCUUUCCCCCCCACAAAAUAAAUAAAUAAACAGCUAAGCAAAUUGUUUUGGAGUAAACAACUUGCUUGCUUUGUUGUGCUAGCUAACAUUGUUGUCCUCAAACUCAAUAUUUUAUAUUGUUCCAAUUUAACUGACAAAGUUUUAGCCAAACAAAUACAAGUUGUGCUUUUAUUACAGUGUGUCUUCAAGCCUUGUGAAUUGACUGGCUAAUCCCGGCCACCAGUGACAAAACAGAGGAGAUGCUUUUUGUAUUAUUUUUUUCCCCAAGUUAUCUUUUUGAUUUAUUUUUGUUUUAGUUUGUUUUUAAUCUGUGCACUUUCAUCAUAUAGAAUGGAUUCUGAUUAACCUUUAGGAAAGUGUGGUAGUACUAUGGUUUGUGAGAUAUUCAGUAUAAGAUAAUAUAAGUUCAAGUUAUUACUUUUUGCGUGUCCCACAAAAUAUGUACUCGACUAAAGUUUACUCCACAAACCACAGAGCUACAACUUUUGCCUAAUCCUAAAGGAGUUACACGUCCGUUACUCAUUCUUUAAAGUUGAUAUGUUUCAUUCAUAUGUUGUGCUGUUUUUUAUCUAAAUGUUCGUUCUACUGCCAUAUUCGCUACAAAAAUCCAGGGUGAUUUAAUUCUGGGGUUUUUCGUGUAUUUAUUAUUCCUAGGAAUAGUUCAAAAUAACUCGAUGAAACUUGACAAUGCUCUCACUUGGACGGGUAAGCUGUGUCUUGGGAAAAUUUGAGCGAGACGACUUUCCCAAGCUUCUUACCGAGAGCGCUCCACUGAAACGGGAUCACUGACCUUCAGAAUUCUCUGCAAAAGCAACCAUGAAAUUCCAAAUUGGAAUUGUUUCAUUCUCUCUUGGUUUAUCGUGCCAAAUCUUGGUACAUCAUUUUUAAGGUCUGACAAAACAAGCACCAACUGCAAAAGGUGUCAGUUGGGCUGGGAAAUCUUUUUGCUUUGUUUCCGACUUUGUUUCUGACCAGUAGUGCCUUUCAUUGUUUCAAGGGAGAAUUUUAGACUCUCGUUUUUUUUUUUUGUCUCUCUGGGUGAGGGAAUGGGAGUUCAAAUGACUAUGAGCAGCAAUAAGCACAAAAGGGAGUUGUGCCCCUUUCUGCAUGACUAAGAAGAUAGUUUUAGAAUUAGCUGAAUAAAUCGAAGAUUGUAUUGAAUUCUACAGGUCAGUGAUCCUCUCAAUAAAUUCAGGGGUAUUAACAAAAUGUUUUCUUUUGAAAUCAAACUUUUAAGAACCAAAAGUCCCCUUGGCCUCCUGUUGUUGAACAAAUGGCUCCAAGCAUCUUUAAUGUGUUUGUGUGGCUGAGUGUAUUAUUUGGAAACUACAAGCGUUGUUUGGUGAAGGUCAUUGCAUAUCGAUAGUAUUAUUGGAAGAAAAUGUGCAGAGAGCGCAUUGUAUCUUACUUUUGUGUCUUUUUUUUCCUUCACUUUUGAAUCUUUUUCCCCCCGCAUUGUUAAGCAAUUUGCUUUCAGGAAACAGAAAACUAAAUUAGCAUCAACAAGCGUGAAUAGUGCCAUGAUAGCUAGUGCUCGUUUGUUGAGGCAUCAAAGUUAACAAUAUGGAAGUGAAGCUAACAAGAAAAAAGUGCAAUUCUGACACUGUUGAAGUUUAAAAAAAAACA